AUGGAUGAAGAGGUAUCAUUGAUUUGUAAUAAAUAUAUUGCAUAUUUUCCUGAAUUACCACCUGCUGCACUUCAGCAACUUUAUGUUCAAUCUCGGUCACGAGAUAAAAUACCAACUAUUCGAUUAUUUAUUGGUCGUUAUAAUGCAUUUCCAUGUUUGCUAUCUUGUACAAACGUAGAAUCAAAUGCUCGAUUUCAUAUAACAACAAUUUUAAAUUAUUUGAAAAAUGAAUAUCAACAUAAUACCAUUAACGAUGUAACUGUAAAUCAAUAUCAUACAAAAUCAAAACAAUUUUAUACUUCUUCUCGUUUUUGUGAUCUUGGAAAUGGUAUUAUGAUCUUUAUAAAAAAUAUAUCUAUAAAAUCCGAUAUUGACAAUCCAAAUCAAUAUUCUCCUGAUCUUUUGGAUGAUUAUUUUAUUGUAUCGCGAAUCAUUGCCAUCUAUCAUCUUCGUCAUCUUGAUACAGAAGUUGAAAAUAUGGUGAAAGAAUUUUUAAAAAGAUCUGUUUUUGAAACGAAAACAUUAAAAUUUCAAAUGAUAUGUCGUAAUAGAGCAUCAGAAUAUUAUUUCACUCCUAUUAAUAUAAGAAAACCAUUGAUUCAAGAUUUAGCAUUACAUUAUGGACAAAGUUUUAUUAAAAUUCAUGAAAAAAUUCUCAAAGAAUUAAAUAAAAAAGAUGGUAAAGGUAUUGUUCUAUUAUAUGGAAUACCUGGUAGUGGUAAAACUAAUUAUAUUCGUUAUUUAAUGGAUGAAAUUGAAAAAAAGAAAUUAAUCUAUAUUCCACCAGACAAAGCAAAAGAUAUUUCAAAACCAGAAUUUCUUAACUUUUUAUUAAAGCAUCCAAACUCAAUUUUAAUUAUUGAAGAUGCUGAAAAUAUAAUUCGUGAUCGAAAUGAACCAACUAUUAAUUCAACACAAGCUGUUGCAAAUCUAUUGAAUUUAUCUGAUGGUUUAUUGGGUGAUGCAAUGCAUAUGCAAAUAAUAGCUACAUUUAAUUGUGAUUUAACUAUUGUAGAUAAAGCUCUUUUACGCAAAGGAAGAUUAAUAGCACAUUAUAAUUUUCAAAAAUUAAAUGUUAAUGAUGCGAGAAUUUUAUCGGAAAAAUUAGGUUUUGGUACAAAGAAUAUAUCAACUUCAAUGAGUUUAGCUGAAAUCUAUAAUCAGAACGAAAUGAAUGACAUUGAGGAGAUUGUGUAA